GGGGAAGGUGAUGUCGUAAAGCGAGUGUCGUAAACCAGGUGCGGCGGCGGCGGGCGGGGGCGCGCGGGAGGCGGCGGCGGAGCGGAGACGCGGCGCGAGGAUCAUGGCGGAUGGCCCCAGGUGUAAGCGCAGGAAGCAGGCGAACCCGCGGCGCAACAACGUUACAAACUAUAACACUGUGGUAGAAACAAACUCCGACUCAGAUGAUGAAGACAAACUCCACAUCGUGGAAGAAGAAAGUGUCGCGGACGCGGCCGACGGCGAGGGGGGCAGCCCAGAGGACGACCUGCCAGCUGAGCAGACGGCCUUCGCAGGGGCCGGCGAGAGGCCCGGGGACUCCAAGGCCUGCUGGGAGGAGGAUGUAAAAGAGGACGGAUGUGACUCAGACGCAGAAAACGAGCAGAAUCAUGACCCGAACGUCGAGGAGUUUCUGCAGCAGCAAGACACGGCCGUCAUCUACCCGGAAGCGCCUGAAGAGGACCAGAGGCAGGGCACGCCAGAAGCCAGCGGGCACGACGAGAACGGAACACCGGAUGCGUUUUCCCAGCUGCUCACCUGCCCGUACUGCGACCGAGGCUACAAGCGCUUCACCUCUCUGAAGGAGCACAUCAAGUACCGCCAUGAAAAGAACGAAGACAACUUCAGCUGCUCCCUGUGCAGCUACACCUUUGCAUACAGAACCCAGCUCGAACGCCACAUGACGUCACACAAGUCAGGAAGAGAUCAAAGACACGUGACUCAGUCUGGGGGCAACCGCAAGUUCAAGUGCAGCGAGUGUGGGAAGGCCUUCAAGUACAAGCACCACCUCAAGGAGCACCUCCGGAUCCAUAGCGGAGAGAAGCCAUACGAGUGCCCGAACUGUAAGAAGCGCUUUUCCCACUCGGGCUCCUACAGCUCGCACAUCAGCAGCAAGAAGUGCAUCAGCCUGCUGCCUGUGAACGGGCGGCCCCGGCCGGCGCUCAGGACGCCCCAGUGCCCCUCGCCCUCCCUCUCGGCGUCACCCGGCAGCCCCACACGGCCGCAGAUCCGGCAGAAGGUGGAGAACAAGCCCCUUCAAGAACAGCUGUCUGUAAACCAAAUUAAAACCGAGCCUGUGGAUUAUGAAUUCAAACCCAUUGUGGUUGCUUCAGGAAUCAACUGUUCCACCCCUUUACAAAACGGGGUUUUUGGUGGCGGUGGCCCGUUGCAGGCGACCACUUCUCCUCAGGGCGUGGUGCAAGCUGUUGUCCUGCCAACAGUGGGCUUGGUGUCUCCCAUUAGUAUUAACUUGAGUGACAUUCAGAAUGUGCUCAAAGUGGCUGUCGACGGCAACGUCAUACGGCAGGUGUUGGAGAGUGGCCAAGCCAGCCUGGCGUCCAAAGAGCAGGAGGCGGCCGGUGCGACGUCCGCGCAGCCGGGGGGCCACUCUGUGAUCUCUGCCAUCAGCCUUCCUCUGGUGGACCAAGAUGGAACAACCAAGAUCAUCAUCAACUACAGUCUGGAGCAGCCCAGCCAGCUGCAAGUCGUGCCUCAGAAUUUAAAGAAAGAAAGUCCGGUCCCUACAAACACCUGCAAGAGCGAGAAGCUACCAGAGGACCUGACCGUCAAAUCCGAGCAGGAUAAAAGCUUUGAAGGAGGAGUGGACGACCGCACUUGUCUUCUGUGUGACGACUGCCCGGGAGACCAUGAUGCACUUCCAGAACUAAAGCACUAUGGCUUGAAGCAGCCUGCUCAGCCCCCUGCGCCCCCUGCGCCAGAAGCCGACAAGCCCGAGCCCUCUGUCUCUUCAGGUUCUGGGGAUGGCAAUCUCUCUCCCAGUCAGCCACCUCUCAAGAACCUCUUGUCUCUCCUCAAAGCUUAUCAUGCUUUGAACGCACAGCCAAGUGCAGAAGAGCUCACCAAGAUCGCCGACUCCGUGAACCUGCCGUUGGACGUGGUGAAGAAAUGGUUCGCGAAGAUGCAAGCCGGACAGCUGUCGGUGCAGCCGCCCUCUCCAGACGAAGCCGGAGAGCAUCUCCUGGCGAAGAGUGAGGACCAGCCCCCCGCGGCAGAUGCAGGCGAAGCCCAGGAGGGCACAGCAGACGCGCGGGGCCCCGCAGAGCCAGCUGACUCCCCAGCUCUGCCCGGGGUGGCGACGCCUGUGGGCGGCUCCGGAAGCGGGGCGCCAUCCCCGUCUCCCCUGAACCUCUCCUCGUUCCGAAGUGCACAGGGCCACUCGUAUACAGGAGAAGCCGCACAGGAAGAGCCCCAAGUAGAACCUCUUGACCUUUCACUACCAAAGCAACAGGGAGAAUUACUGGAGAGGUCGACCGUUACUAGUGUUUACCAGAACAGUGUUUAUUCUGUCCAGGAAGAACCCUUGAACUUGUCUUGUGCAAAAAAAGAGCCACAGAAGGACCGUUGUGCCACAGACUCAGAACCAGUUGUAGAUGUAAUCCCGCCAAGUGCCAACCCCAUCAAUAUCGCUAUCCCGACAGUCACUGCCCAGCUGCCCACAAUCGUGGCCAUCACUGACCAGAACAGUGUUCCUUGCUUGCGGGCACUCGCCGCCAACAAGCAGACCAUCCUCAUCCCCCAGGUGGCUUACACAUACUCGGCCACCGUCAGCCCCGCCGUCCCGGAACCACCCUUGAAAGGGGUCCAGCCGAACGGAAAUCAGGACGAAAGACAAGACACUAGCUCAGAAGGAGUCUCAACCGUUGAGGAUCAAAAUGACUCUGAUUCGACGCCACCCAAAAAGAAAAUGCGGAAGACGGAAAAUGGGAUGUACGCGUGCGAUCUGUGUGAUAAGAUAUUCCAAAAGAGCAGCUCGUUACUGAGACAUAAAUACGAGCACACAGGUAAGAGACCUCACGAGUGUGGAAUCUGUCAAAAGGCGUUUAAGCACAAGCAUCACCUGAUUGAACACAUGCGGUUGCACUCUGGAGAGAAGCCCUAUCAGUGUGACAAAUGUGGGAAGCGCUUCUCACACUCAGGCUCCUACUCCCAACACAUGAACCACCGCUACUCCUACUGCAAGAGGGAAGCAGAAGAGCGCGACGGCACGGAACAGGAAGAGACGGGAGCGGGGGUCCUGACACGCGAGCACACGGGCGAGAGGGCGUCUCCCUCGCAGGCCGACUCGGACGAGAGAGAGAGUUUGACGAGGGAGGAAGAUGAAGACAGUGAGAAGGAGGAGGAGGAGGAGGAGGAGGAGGAGGAGGAAGAUAAAGAAAUGGAAGAACUGCAGGAAGAAAAGGCAUGUGAGAAGCUGCAAGAGGAGGAGGAGGAGGAGGAGGAGGAAGAGGAGGAGGCAGAAGAGGCAGAAGAGGCGGAGAAUGAGGAAGACGGAGCGGAGACUGAGGCUCCCGUGAUGGAUGACAGAGCUGUGAAUCAGGGAAACAGCCUGGAGCAGAAGGCGGGCGCGGACAGUGAGCAGGUGUCAGAAGAGAAGACGAAUGAAGCCUGAUGGUUUCCCAAGAAGGAACAUAAAUGUAGUUGGUGAUGAAGUUUGUUCUAUAUUCUAUAUGCUCUUCAUGGAAACACAGUAACCUGUAUACUGUGAUUUCUAGUCACUACUGUGUAAAGUCAAAAUUUAAAAAAAUACAAAAUACAAAAAAAAAAAAAAAUCCGGGUGUGCCUGAACUCCAACCUAGUAAUUUUUCAUGCAUUUUUCAAAGUUAGGAAGAAGUUUGUUACAUGAAGCAGAUAAGAAAACUAUAAUGACUCAGAAAGCAGAGAUUUCACAGGUUAAAGGAAACUGAUUAACUAGAUAAGGAACUGGCAGUGUUUGAUUUUAUCAGUAUUAAUUAUCAUUCUUAUGCUGGUUUAUUCUUAAACUGUACAACUGGGAGAAAUUUUAUAAUUUUUUUAUUGGUCAGCAUAUGCUAUAAGCCCGCUUCAGUAUUUUAUUAUGUUUUUAAAAAUGUGAGAAUGUCUGCACUACAAGAUUCCCUUCAGAGAGAAGCGUAAUGGAGUUCCAAACCGACGACCGCCUUUCAUAGACUCCGCGUGGAAGGCGGCCGCUGCCGAUACUUGGGUGUCAGAGUAGCGAAUCGUUAGCCUUAAGCAAACAGCCAAUAGAAGAGCGAAAGGUCCUCACUUCUUCGAAGUGGCGUCAGAACGGUCGCGUUCUGACUGCAGGGACAAGCAGUGUUAACCCCGGUGAGGACAGCAGAGUCGCCGAAUCAGUGUCUGUGAUUAUGUUUGCCGUCACCGAGAUGAAGGAUGUGACACGGAGCUUCCAGUCUCCUCUGGCCUUAAGCAAGACCUGUGUGCUGUAAGUGCCGUUGACAGUGUUUCUCCGGGCUCCCCGGCCCGUGUCCAGUGUGUGGCCUAUAUAACUAGCAUUUGACGACCUGUUCAUCAUACAGAUUGAAAUCCCAAAACCAAACUUCAAACCACUGGCUCUUUCAGAGAAGCCGACACGCAGGGCCCUUUCACCCUGUGACUCCUCACUGUUCAUUUCGCAUCAAUUGACCCAAAAUUCCUCCACUGACAGGAAAGGGGCUGCCCUGCCGACAUGGACAUGCCCUGACCGUUUGGCUCAGAACUGUCCCCAAAUGUUAGUUAUUGCGGACCCGCUUUAUCAACAUCAGCUCAUCUUUACCUAUCAGUAUUUUGUUAUUUCUUUUAGUUUCUAGGUCUGUGCGACACUUUUGUACUGUAUGUCUUCAAGCCUGGCAGUAUUAAUACCCUUCUUACUGACAUAUGUACUUUUAGUUUUAGAAAACUUUUAUAUUUAUGUGUCUUAUUUUUAUAUUUCUUUAUUUAUUACACAGUGUAGUAUAUAAUACUGUAGUUUGUAUUAAUACAAUAAUAUAUUUUAGUAUGAAAAUUUGGAGAGUUGAUAAGAUUAAAAGUAGAGAUACGGUCUGAGACUUGAUUUAACAGUGUCAUGUUAACAUUUCUACAGAACUGAAACGGGAAUGUAUUCGUUUUACAGCUACAAUCAAGUCAUUUUACCUUUACCCAGUUUUUAAUAGCCAACUCUUAAAUUUUGAAAUCCACUGUGUGACUAACAGCAUGAUGCCCUGCAGUUUUAUUAAGAGAUAAUUAGCCUGACCCGCCAACUCUCCGUCUCCUUAGUCAGCCAAAUCAGGAUGACCUGCUAGAAACAGUGUAGGGAACAGCCGCUAACAUCUUGUGCCAAUGUGUUCCUGUACUCACACGCCUAAGUCACAGAUCUGACUCUUCAUUUCUCAGUUCCUUGUUACACCACGGUCAUUUUCUAGUUUUUUACCAGACCCCCAUCUCACAAUAAAAUGCAUCAACAAGC